AUGUCAACUGACAAAGAGAAAGCAAUUCUACUGCUUUUGGCGGUUUGCCUGCACGUGGACACAGGUUUUGGCUCAUGCGUGGACCUGGAUGUAACCGGCUGCCGGACCAACCCACAACUCUGUCAAGACCCCAUUCUCGCAGAGGUCACGUGUCCUGUUAUGUGUAACAGAUGCUCCCUCGAGUGUUACAGUUGCAAGAAUGUAAAGACGCCAUCAACAUGCAACCAGACACAACUGUGUGGCUUGGGACAGUCAUGCUUUAUGGAAAGAACAGUUACAGCGCAUGAUGUUUCAUAUGACAUGGGAUGUCUAAGCAGCAAAAUGUGCACACUAUCGGGUAAUGUGCCUGAAAUCGUCGGUCGCUCAAUUGAAACACGACAACAACCAUCCUGCCAUGAAUGUUGCACGGGAAGCCUCUGUAACAUCCAAUUAUGUAGCAUAAAUGACUGCAGCGAAGUAUUAAAACUGGGCCUGUCGCGCGGGUCUGGUGUGUACAGAAUCACGCCCUGGAACACGCACAGGGAGGUGGAGGUGUACUGUGAUAUGGAUACAGAAGGUGGAGGGUGGACGGUGUUUCAUAGACGCUGGGAUGGUUCUGUUGCCUUCAACAGGAGCUUUGUGGAAUACGAGAGGGGAUUUGGCUAAUUUGAUGGCGAAUUUUGGACGGGUCUGAGUCUUAUUCACUUAAUGACAAGCCGGGCUAACAUGACGUUACGCCUGGAUGUGAGUUUACCAAACGGAACCACUGGAUUUGACGAGUACUCGGGUUUUUAUAUUUCUCCACCAGACCAGUACAACUUUAACGUUGAUAGGAGAAUCAACUCAAGUGGAAUGUCCUAUUAUUGGCUUCUGUCCAACACUGGCAAUAAUCUUGAUAUGAACCACCAGGCGUUUUCAGCAUAUGACAGGGACGUGGACAACCGGUAUUAUAACUGUGCAGGCAGAUAUGGAGGAGGCUGGUGGUUCAAUGGCUGCUUCCACACUAUCCUGAAUGGUCCGUACUCCCAUGGAUAUUUUUAUUAUAGCUCAUUUACACAACACCAAAGACUGAAGACGUCUAAAAUGAUGUUUCGAAUGAGAAGUUCAGAUUAAACGUGAUUGUUGCAAGUGUUAGCUCAUUCCCGAAACAUACAAAAUGGACAUAUUUCAACUGAUUUAAUUAAGCAAUAAUGUUCAAUUCCAAACAUUUGUGUGACUUGCUAAUCCAGUUGUAUCACAAAUAUGUUGGUGUAUUUAACAUUAGCGAUGACGGAGAGGUACUCCAUUC